UGGCCGUUUGCUCAACUUCAAAAAGAUAACGUUUUCACAUCCCUAAGAAGUACUGAUAAAAAGUUUAUUUUUAUUUUUCGUUUACUUUUAACGGUGAAAGAAAAAAUCAUACAAAUGCCGGCCUUUCACUCGGAGAUUGAGGAAUUCCAAGGAUCAGUGGGCAAUAUGGCCAUUUUGCCAUUGCGUACACAAAUCCGGGGACCAGCACCCAACGUUGAUAUUCCCAACGAUAUCAUCGAUGAGUCACUGUACUACUGGAAGGCAAACAUUUUCUUCCGUACAUACGAAGUUAAGUCGGAAGUGGACCGGGUGCUUAUCUAUAUAACGCUGUACAUAACCGAGUGUUUGAAGCGUUUGGCCCGCUGCACAAGCAAAGCACAGGGCCAGCAGGAGCUAUAUAGCCUGGCCAUCUCGCGGUUCGAUCUGCCCGGCGAUCCGGGAUUCCCCCUGAACGGCAUAUACAUCAAGCCCGAGGAUCCGGAGGUGAUGCGCCAGUACUUCCUGCAGCUGCGCCACGAAACCGGAACGCGACUGCUGGAAAAGGUCUUCGAUACACCGGACGACAAGCCCAGCAAGUGGUGGAUCUGCUUCGCCAAGAAGAAGUUCAUGGAGAAAAGUCUUUCCGGACCGGGAAUGUAAAUCUAUCCUUCUUUCGACUGCCUAAAUUUUAGACCUUUAGACUUUUUUAUACUGCCCAUUGUGAAUUUACCAAUGCAAAAUUUUAACAAAUAAACACGCCAAAUUAAUGAAACUUA